AUGGGUGAUAUGGGUAUGGACGUGCAGGUUAAUCGCAGGGUAAGCCAGUUCAUUCUACUGUUCAUCCCUUUCAAUUUUCUUAACCUUCUUAUGCUUCUUUUUUCUCUCAUACCUGUAAGAGUGAUUAAAUUGCAACAAAAUGAACUGUCAGCUGUCUUGUACUGCAGGUAGCAUAAAUAUAAAAAUGCUAACAUUUCAAGUCAUUUCUUGCAGGAAAUAAACUCGAUCAUUGAAAUUGUGGUUAUUUACAGGCAAUAUCGCUCACUUUAUUAAAGAGAGAUGUUUGCAUUAUAUAAUGUGUAUAAUACAUAUUAUAUAUGUUAUAUAUAAAAAUAAUUGCCGCUUAUAAUUGUUUUGCUUACCGUAAUUCGGCAAACGGUUGCUAUGAUCGCUUAUUUUGCAUGACUUUCGAGAAAUGCAUUUAAGCUCAUAAAAUUUAAUUUACGUUUUUAAAUAAGUAUUAUGUUUUGAUUAAUGCCAUUGUGACCAUUAGCCUAGAACACCAUCCCAAAGGAAUUCAUGCCCUGUAGGAGACCAGUUUUAAUUUUCCCAUACUUCAACCAACCCCCAAAAUCUACAUUGGCAAAAAAUCCUAAUUCCUUAGUGCGGGAUUCAUGUUGAUUUUCGCUGCCUGUUGGAACGCAGUCCAUCUUUUGCAAACCUGGGUUCAAAUUUCAUUUCCUUUCCGACGGCAAAAACGAUUGGCAAUUAUAAAGGCUGUUGUUUCUUCAGGGUAUUUUUGGAGUAGCGCAGAAUCUGCAUAGCUCUGUAUGAUGUUUUGAGACUAGCCAUACCACCCAGAUCAAUUUCAGUAUUCUGAAAAUAUCUAACGGCCGUUUAUGAAGCCUAUAAGGGAGUAUAUUCUUUAUAAUUAGCACACAUUAUGCACGCUGGAGGACAUAUACGUUAGCGGAAUCUCAGAUAGGUAAAAUGAGGGUGAAAUAAUAAAAGUGUCUUAAAUCACACUGAUACUUUACCUUAAAGUACAGAGAUGUAUGGAGAUGUAAGUUUCACACAAAUGAGUCCACGGGUAAAAGUGCUUUGGAUAUUUCUCAAAAAAUGGAUUAACUUAAAUGGGCAUUGAAAGUGAGUUAAAGAAUCAGUUUUGUCAUUUAGAUUAUUCGUCAGGUGAUUGAAGAGAUGCCCAAACGAAAGCUAGUUUCUGUGUAUGACGCACACCACAAAAUUGUUCAAUAUUAAUGAGUGUUGCGGCCUUAUUUAACAAUAUUCCUCACUUGAACCUACAUUUACAACCUCCAGUAGACGCAUGUCUUACGAUUUCCCGCACUGAACGAGGAAUGAAUAAUUAUCAAAGGUCACAGAGUUUAGUACCAUAACAUGCAUUUUUUAGCGAAGUUCUCUUAAAACUGUAGCAUUUGAGCUGAACAUGUAGCAGUCAUAGGGCAAAAAUCGAUCAGUACUUCCAGUAUUUUUGCGUUUAUUCUAAUAUCCCAGGGAAGGUAAGAAGGUAGCUGAAGGUUAACAAGAGGGACUGUUGGUAAGUACAUGAAGUCCCUCGUGCUGUGACGGGUCAGGAAGGGAUACAGGAGGCCUUUAUGUUGUGUUGAAAACUAGUGCCCGACUGAGUCCUCUAGAAAAAACGCCUUUUUCUGCAAAAAAAGAUUUCCAUAUGAAAAUAGUCCCUUUUUCCGCAAGAUUUGCAAAUCAAAUAAUUUUGCCAGCAGGCGAAAUUGAAAACUAAAAUGUUGACUUCUUACCUUUACAAGAGCUUUGGUGAACAUCCAUCAGGAAGUGCCUAUAGAUGCAAAUACGGUUUUCCUGUCUCGGUUUUAGAUGAACAGCAAGUAUGAUGCAGAAACCGAGAAGGAGGUCAUCGAUUGGAUGAACAAAAUCACUGGUGAGAGCGUGCCGCUAGGUCGCGAAAACGUUGCUGGGGCCCUGAAGAACGGCCAUAUUCUCAUAAAGUAAGUAGUCCCAUCUCAACCACUCCACACCCAAAUACGUCCACAAUUAACGCAGUGUAAAAAAGGACAAAAGUCUUUAACGAUGCUUAUCGGAAAUAGUCCUUUAGGUGAUGUUUUUUUUAAUAAGAGAUCAAAAUGUCUGAUUGCCAUCAGAGCUGAAAUCGCAGAAGGGAAUGUAUGUGUCCGAAGUCUGCAUAAAAAUAUGACAUAAUAAUUCAAAAUAGUCCACACACCUUGGCAUGCUUAUCUUGGUCGAUAUAUUGGAAGUCAUGUGCAAUGUUAUUAGUAGCGACAAAAUUAAUUCACUGCUAAUGUGCCACGUUGCUCUUCAAGGCCCUGAUGAGGUCAGUUGAUUUAAAGCUAACUGAGUUCGUCUAGAAUUAAUGUAAAAACUUGAAGCAAAGUUCUUAGGACGAACUGUUUUGCAUUCUACCUAACUGUAUAUGAGAAUAUUGAGUCAAAUUUCUAUUGUUUCAACCAAGCAAUUGGGCAAUAUUCUCAAUCUCCCAACGGGCGUAAGUAGUACGUAAUCAUACAUUGAGUUUUGGUUACCUUCUAGCGCAGAAAGCAAUUUCUUGUCUAAAGUGAGUAUUUAAAAGUACAAACAUGUCGAUGCCACAACGUUUUGAAUGACUGUUUAGACGAAUGUCCCUUUCGACCAGUCAUAAUCAGGUCUGUAUAACUGCUUACAUAUGAUUUUCCAUAGGUAUUGCUUGACGAGAGUCAUGAUUGUGGUAGGAUAAUAGGGGUGAAGGAGAAACGGAUGGCUAGACGGAUUGAAAAAGUAUAUAAUAAGGAUGGUGGUGAUGAAGGCAACGACAAGAAACAGUAGGGAAUCGCUUUCCGUAGGUUAAGAGGAACGAGUCGAGUGUGCGAACCUAGCUAAUCUGCUUUCGUAUCGUCUUUUGGGUUGAUUUGGAUGUCCAGUGAUGGACUGCGCUGUGCGCUACUGUGGAGGACGCGCACUAAUCACGUUAUGGAACAUACUGAUCACAUUUUGGCUUGGGGUCCGAUCUAAAGGACUCCAUAGGCAACCGCUCAGCGGCUAUUAAUACAGACAGAAUGACGCUACCGGCAAGGAGAGGGAAAACUAGGAUGGCCAUUUGCGACUCAGUAUUAACACUAGUCCUACCCAAUCCCGGGUUAGAGCGUUUUGCUUCUAGCCAGCAGAACGCGCGUUUGUGUCUUAGGAGUUGUAAACUUAAGGUUGGGUUUGAAUCGCUGAUGACGACCAAUAAGUCCGAAAUGACCAAUCCAGCCGUAAUGUCGCCCUGUAUGAUUGGGUAAAUGGAUAUUCGAAGGUUUUACAAACGUUUUCUCAGACUAAACGACAACAUUUUCUGGUCACACAGUGGUCUCAGUCUCAACUGGCAAAGAAUAAUGAAGACCUUUUCGCCACUGACUCGAUGACCAGUGUUCACCUCAUCGAUCAGAACAGCUCUAGAAAGAGUCUAGAAUAUGCCUUGAUGAAGCAAACCUGGGCAAAGUUUGCGUAUUCACACUGAAUAGAGCUCUGUCAUUCUCCCAAUGUAGUCUUCUUCAUAGAAAAAAGUGACCGAGUAGAUGCGAAUUGUUGGGAUCCAAAAAGCAGCCCGUCUCCACCCUUUGGAUAAGAAGAUGGAUCUCUAAUGAAAUUUGCCCAAUUUUGGAAACUGGAUGCACAUGUGACAUUGACGAAGUUCAUUGACAACUCAGAGACUCAUUUGACGGAUCCCCGCUGAAUUGAAGUUUGUGGAGAAUGCCCUUUCUGUCGGCAGCAUAUGCUUCACGCAUUCCUUGCGAAGUAAAGACUUUUUUGGCGUCCCAAAAGAGCAUAGAGAUCUGAAUCAGGUUCCGAAGUAACUAAAUAGAUUUAGCUCCUGUCUUAAAUGGAAAUAACCGUGAAGGUUUAUAUAGUCCCUGGUCCACGCUUCUUUGCGAUACAUAUUUAAUCUGUCACUAUCAUCGACGCUCUGCUUGGCAGUCUGGAGUUCGUGGUAGACAAUGUCAAUUUUUAAAGAUAAUCGGCCAAGCCGAGCGUCCCACCAGCCCCUGAGAAUGACACUAUAGAGCAUCUUUAACAGAAAUUCAUCUCAUUGAUAACCUGAUUCUCGAGUUUCCUUUCAAACAUAUCUAGUAACAGCGGUCUUAGGGAUAAGCUCAUAGUUAUGUCAUCACUGUGCUGACAGGCGUAUCGACUGCACGAAGAUGCAUCUGUUUUCAGUACGGCAAAUCAUUACACAAUUGUAUACUACUGGCUGCCUGUUGGCGGUUUGUGAAUAUUCCGCGGUUAUUACGCCGUAGCUGAUAGAUUUCAGCCCAAAUAUUCAUAUCAGAUCUCGGACCGUGCCUGUAGAGGUCUGUUUCGAAGGCUAUACUCCAAGUUCGCUCAUGGAUUUCUGCGGAAAUAAAACAAGGCAAGGCAUCUCUCUAUCUGCAAUUGGAUUGAGACUUUGUUCCUUCGACUAACUUUAUGCAUACAGUACAUGUUAUCUGUUAGGAUAUUACUGGAGAAGAAAGGUGUUGCCUUAAACGACGGCAUAGUUUUUCUUAAUCUAAAAUCUUGUCUUGAGUGGUAUCGUUAAAUUUAAAGUUUCGCUAGGGACCGCAGGUGGAUGCAUUACGCCCUAUUAGGUUUAUGUUCCGGCCAACUUUUUCUUUAUUCCAUAAUAUAGUCCGUUGCUCACUUUUGCAUACAAUUCAGCUCGUCGGAAAGUUUUUACUUUACUGAGUCAAUCGGUGUCUGUCAACCUACAAAGACAUCCUGGACAUUGCCUUUUCAUGACGUCUAUUUUCUUCUUCUUCUCGGCUUCGUCUCUGAACCUGGUCAGCUCUACAGACAUUAUUUCGACUUUUAGGAGUAAUCACGUGAAUAAUUUUCUGUAUCAACAAUCCUAGAUUCCCUGUUGUGUUUUACAUGCCCUCGUGACGACGGUCAAACAGUUUCGACUGCCGAAAUAUUCCACUUUCAUCACGAUCGUAGGGAUUAUAACUCUGAGGCUAGCCGAAAAGAUGUUCAAAGUAGACUUUCGCGUUUUGUCUGGUAAACUUGCAGCAAGCAUGCUUAAAUGUUAAACCCAGCAAAGGGACGUUAUUAAAUGAUCUGCCAAAAGUCAAAUCAGAGUACAUAUGCACAGAGCGCUACGAAUUAUUCGGGAGAACGAUCCGCCUUUCGGAUGAGUUGAUCGCAUGGAGAGUUUUGUCAGUCUUUCGUCGUCCCUUUCAGAGUUGGCAUCUGAGCAUAAAUAUCACCCUUUGCUUCUUUCAGCAUUUCGAUUCCUCGGAAGUAAAUGCACUAACUUGAACCUAAACCUUUAGGGCAAAAUUUUCUAGUUUCAGUCCAAAAGUCGGCAGGAAUAUGUGGAAUAAUACCUAUCAGCUUCCGCGUCAUAAUCGCACAGUAUUCAGAAGCCGUCCGCAGACAGUCCGAAGUACGCAAAUGUUGCAUGCAGCGGCUAAAAGUUGGAAAAAGUACGUGUCGGUGAUUUAAGCUAGUGUCCUAGGUGGGGCACGGUUAUAAUUAGCCUGGUUUUGCAGGCGGUUCUGCGUUGAAUUUCAGGUAGGUUGGGGGUAAGUGUUAGAACUGGAGAUAGUUCUAGGAUUAGGGUCAGAAGAGUUAGGGUAGGAGUUAGCACACGGAAUCUAGCUCAAAGUCACCUGUAGUACAUGGGGUGCACUUAUACUCUUGUUCAGCGGCUCUUCUGUAAGUCUGUUGAACUAGGCAACAAACUGUCCCUUCCUCACAUGUUAGAGUUUCUGUAGGUUGCGAUGCGGUUAGACCACGCUGGAUGUCAUGUCUUUAAUCCUGUUCUCAUAUUAUCUCUAGAAGGUUGUUUUGGAAACGACAGUUUAAUUCCUCCGGAAAGACAUCACCACUUUCUCCCUUUUAAGCUCAUUUCGGCCAGUUGGACGUUUUAUCACAUCGGUGACCCUUUUAUUGAGCGCCAGAGUAUUUAAAACAGCUUCUGGUUUCUAUAUUUUUUAGAUAGGUAACUAAUCGGUCGGUAGAAGAUUCUGCAUUAACAUAUGACUGGGCAGGCUCCCUAAACUUUUGAUAUGCUGACGCGCAUCCGAAGCAACGAAAUCUUUAGGUUUAAAAAUCCAGUGGCCACUAAAUGGCUGUAUAAUCCAGGCUAAGUAUUAUUUAAUGGUAGGGCGCGCUCACAGAUCGUUCUUACGGAACUCACUUGUUCCGUUGUGCCUUAUGGACUCUCAUUCGAGCCCAACCAGCAGCUGCAUAGCGGCGCAUGAUAUAGGCAGAAUGUCGGUUAUAUCAUUCUAAGUACGGUUUAAUCAUUUUUCUGCUUGCUAACGUUUAUUUGGAGGCUGUUAUGAUUAUAAGUAGCACAGUUUCGCGGACACAAUGAGAAUAGUAAUCAGCAAACAUUAUUCCUACUUUCGUCCCACCUUUCUAAAUUUCGUCCAAGCGCAAAGAAAGUAAGUGUGAAAAUGACAAUAUGGCGGAUGCAUGAAAAUGUGGAAGAAGCUAGAGUUUACACUACUCAUGAUAUUCUAGUAGAAUUAACUUCAACUCAUCCCACAGAAAGCCUGCGAUAUAUUCCUCCACCCGUCAUUUCAAUUCCUUUCCACAUUAAUUUGUGAAUCGCCUUCUACUUAAGCAAACCGCUCGUUGGCGGUCUUAUGCUCAGGAAUAUGCCAAAAAUCGCUUUAUUAUCCUUCCCCAUUAGACUUAUCAAUGCCGUCUACGCUGGGACCUCCCAACUGCCAGCCGCAGCACAGCGAAAGAAGCACCCGUUCAAGUUCAACACGAUGACGGCUCCGUUCAAACAGGUAGGACCUGAACCUGUCAGCUUGGUAGACUACAGUUUUCUAAGUCGCCACCUUAUGAGGUUAACCAAGGAACACAUUUCUCUCUGCACGUAAAGCCUUGAUAAUGUUUAGUUGGCCGUUUUGCGAACACCGUUAUGGCUGAUAGAAGCGAACAGGCGAGUUCGAAGAAGCAGUUAGGUAAAAAAAGGUGCGAUCACUGGAACAAGAAGUUUAUUGGCCUGACGCUUCGGAUUCCCAUUCGAAUCAUUCAGCAGAGUGAGAAUCCGAAACGUCAGGCCAAUAAACUUCUUGCUCCAGUGAUUACAUCUUUUUCUUCUGAACUCAGUGAUGGUUACCUUUUCGCCAAUCUCACAUCCAGAGAACGUAGGUACGGUAUGUGCCAAGGCUCACAUAUUCUUAACCGAAAUUUCCAAGGUGUGUUCGAGUAGGGAACGCCACCCCAUGUAUCAACAGUUGGGCGUCAUGGAAUACAAUUCCAAAGUAAACCACAUAUAAAGAAAUACCUAUUCAUGUUUGUGUCUCCUGCCAGCCACUUGUGAAAAUCGCACUCACAAGAAAACCACUACUUAAAUAAUGGGUCCUGUGUUAGCACCGGUGUCCCUCGCCUCGUCCAUGGUCUAUCAUAUUUUCAUAAAAAGUAUGUGUAGCAAAUCAAUGAAAAUGUAACUGCUUGUUGUCUAGUUAACUGAUUCUUCCUUAAACACGAUGCUUUAGACAAAAGGGCAUUUAAUUGUUGAGGGAACUUACUAAUUCUCCUACACUUUUUAAAAAAGGUCUUACGGUUAAACUUGCACUUAGGUACUCGCAACACUAAAUGGGCGUGUCCUUUACAACUGCCUCACGUAGCUGUAUAAAUGAAAUGAAAUGCGUGUCUUGAUUUUUGCUCGGUGAAUGUCUUAAAAAUAUGGUGAAAUCAUCUUAUAGUUCCCAUAUUGUGUGCCCUGUGCUUUGGCUACACAAGUGGAUUAUACACACCUUUACGUCCACAUGUAAAGGUCUCCGGGUGUUAAAAAAAAAGUGUUUUUUUAGCCACAGGGCACGCCACAUACCGUAAUAGAAGCCUUGACAAACAGAAAUUCAUUAAUCAACUAGCACAGUAAAAAACGUCCAUGACUGCAGACUUUUAUAAUACCAGGAGAAGUCAGAGGCACUUAAGCCGCCUAACCUAAGCCGCAGUCAAAUCCCUAACACUAGCAUUGCUCAUGGCCAUAUAACUAACUGUACAAACAGACGCGGAUCUAGAUCCAACUACAAUAAUAACCCAAUUCUUAGAAUUCGUGGCUAUGAGUAUAACUUAGGCGAGGUCUGAUCACGCAGCCCCACCUGAGUGAUACCAUAUGGUAAGCAUUCUAAAAAAUUUCCGUAGAUGCAAGUACGAUGACUUUACAAAUAUCAGGUAUUCGCAUCUUCCCAACAAUUUUAAUCCACCGGGUGACUGUGCCACCGGGAGAGGAGUACGUAUUCGCCAGCCUUGGUUACUUCAGUUAUCAGUUAACUGGCGCUUCCCUGCGCGUGCUUCUAGCCCUGUUUGCGUCCACUUUAUUAUCUUAAUCCAGCCAACAGUCAAGUAGGCUUGCUAAUGUCAUUGUUCGGGUGGUGUGGUACUCCGUCGGUUCCACUAUGGUGAUCCUGUACUGCGAAUUACCACGCGGUUCCCUUCGUGGUCUUCCAGCUGUGAUUGGUCCCCCCGUACCCUCUUGAUCUAGCGAAUGGCUGUGUAGGGGGUGUGUACACGCCACCUUCACUCGCGUCCCUGCGCGUGCUUCGAGCCCUGCUAGCGCUCCCUUUCCCUUCCUAAUCCAGCGAGUGGCUAAGUUAUGUUUGUUAAUUAAUAUUGUUUUAGUAAGUUAACCAUACGGUGUCACUCAGGUGAGGCUGCAGAACCAAACCUCGACAUUACCUACUCCGAAAUGUGAAUAAGGCAAAGGCGACAAAGCAAGCAGUAUUUACUGACGUCAUAAAUUUCGAGACCUCUCAUUCAGCUGCACACAGUCAUUGCACAGUUACACGACAGAGUCUCGAAAUUUAUGACGUCAGUAAAUACUGCUCGCUUUGUCGCCUUAGCCUUAUUCCACUUUAUUCCGGGAAAACAUUAGUUCAAUCUACUCUGAAAUACAACCGUUCGUCAUGUGCAAUAUUUAAAGCCAAAAUUUCGUGCCGUGCGAAGAAAUGAACUGAAAGUUGCGUCUCCUUGCAAGAAAAUGUUUUUAUAUUUACUGCGGUAUUGAUUUGCUCAAAAGGUUAUUUAAGCAGAUAAACUGAACGCAUCCAAUAAAAAUUCAACAGAUAAAUGGGUGAUAGUUAUCUUUAGAUUACAUUCAAUGUUGGCCAGUUUAACGUCCCCACCAAAGCAGGCUUUUUUUAUUGAAAGCACGAUUUUUCACUCCAUUCAAAGGUCAGAUAUACUCGAAUGGCCAUUUUGGCAUAUAAGCUGAUAACAACAGAUAAUACCCAAGGUUCUGAGACAACUAGUGAACCUAGGCUCAAAUCCCGAGAUAGACAACAGUUGAGGGGUAGCUCUCACUAACUAAUGACGACCAAUAAAGCAGAAGUGGUUUCUGUCACUGUCUUUGACGAUGGGUUUAAGUGGGAAUCUGAAAUCUCGGACGAAUAAAGCCCCUGUUCCAGCGAUCGCUUCUACUUCUCACCAACUAGUUCCUGGAACUCGCAUCUUCGCUUGUAUCAGAAAUGGUACCUCCAGUAUCCCACUCCUUGUCCCUCUUCCCACCGGUCCCGUAAGACAGGUAACUGGUGGUUAGCCGUCCCAGGGACGGCUGCGAACUGGGAUCUGACCCCGAACUCUCUGUCCCUGUCUAACAACUACGAACUGUUGGUGAAUAUUACUCCCAUGCGGAAUUCUGUGCGAGUCCUGGCGUAUGCCUGAAGAUGCUCUGUGAUUGAAUAAACCCGUGGACUCAUUUAAGAGAAAGCUGGACCAGUACAGGGAUAUGUACCUCCACAGCAUCAUAAACUAACGAAUGCCCCCCUGUGCCACCCAUCCAACGUUUUAUGUUACAAAGCAUGCUACUCCCUAUAUUUUAGUAACAUUACGUUUUACAAUUUUCGCUAUCUCCUGACCGCCACAUAUGCGCUUGCUUUGAUAUUACUUGGUCCAUUCAGUUCCGUAGUGGAGAUUGUACAAUUUUGACAUAGAAGGCAUUCACAGACAAAUCCGUACCAGUGACCAAUGCUUGUUGUAUGUCAUUACUUACCUAAUUUUUUUUCACACUUGUCUUACACAUUGUUUUUCAUGACGUUAUUGUAACCAAAAGGGAGUUCAAAGGCGCUCGCCUACCUUUACCUUAAUAAAUCUGAUCUGAUCUGAUCUGAUCUGUGCAUCGAUCUCUUCCUCUUCUUUUUUUCCCAGAUGGAGAACAUCCAGAUUUUCCUGACUGCCGCUGAAGCGUAUGGCGUGCCGAGGGCCAGCCUCUUCCAAACUGUUGACCUCUACGAAAUGCGAAACAUGACACAGGUCUUGAACUGCCUUCUCCAGCUUGGUACUGAGGUAAUGUCCACAGGCUUGUCGCGCCGACUUUAAGUCCAUCGGCUUGCAUUUCCAGUCAGUCUUCUUGCGGGUUGUUUUGCUCACCUGGUGGAUGAUGUUUCCCUAGGUAGUUUUGAUCUCUAACAAUUAUUCUGCCCCUUCUAAGACACAGAGUGCUCGGGGUAUAUGUGCUUGUCAACUUGAGGUUUUUUUAAAAAAGUAAAUCUUUGUUACCGAUCUCAUCCGAUAGGUCGUUCCACGGUGGGAUAGGCGGCCGUCGCGACUGUGCAAACUUCCCCAGUUGUCUUUACCAUAUUUAAUUUCUGUGACGUGCAAGGGAGGGGAAAGAGAAAUUAGCCUUAUUUUAAAAGUAUAAGUACAACAUUUUCAGCAAAAAUGAGCUCCAUUCACUGUGGACUGAAUACAACUUAACAAAUUAUCCAAGAGUCAAAAAGGUUAGCACAAAAACGAACAGCUAUUAAGGGGAGAGUCCAAGUCUUAGUUUUUGCAUUUCUGUCUCUUCACACGUAAGAUAGCGCGCCAGGAAUUGCAAUACAGAAUGUUGAUAUGCCGAUGUACGGCAAGAUAUAUGUCGAAAGCCAAGGCGCAUGGGGUGGGAAGACCUCGCGGAGAUUAGAUCAGAAUGAAGGGGAUGAGCAACGUCAUCCAAAAUUCGACCAGCAAAUUGCUCAACCGUUUUCAAAUGUCGUUGUUUAAUAAUAUCGACUAAAAAGACAUAAGGAACACAGCAGCAGAAAGGAGCAUUCAGAGGGCUCGAUUCAAAAUUAACAUGCAUUCCUUAAGCAGAGCAGGACAAAAGGACAGGAGAACAAUAAAUAACGAAAAGAAGAAUUUAUGGACCUAUGAGUCGCCAGAUUUAAGGUUCAGGUGUGUGGUGUGAACGUAAGCGACGAGUGUAAUCAAGAAGUUUAGGAAAUUUAGUGAAAAAGGUCUUAAUAUAGAGGGAACAUGGAAAACAUGAUGACAAGAUAACGCCAAGAUACCUGGAAGAGUAUGCCUCGUUGGGAAGGAUGUCAGAGGAUUGAUGACUUGGAGAGGGCCGCAGUUGGAAAACACAAUGGGCUGAUCUCUGACUAUUCAGUUGGAAAGACUGAAGAUGAGUCUGGUUUUUAGACAACCACAUCGUCCGCAUACCUACCUAACAGACAGUUGUUUGAGGAUCUUGAAUCGUCAGUAUGGAGAGAGAAGAGAUGAGGGGAUAAAAUGAAACCUUGGAGAACUCUAUAGUUAUUGAGAGGGAUCGUGGAUUUCCGCUUGACGGAUUGGAUAAAUUGAGUGCGAGAAGUAACAUACUCACUGAGCCAAGAGGCAACCCAGUCACAUGCGGAUCGUCUGAUAAGGGGAAGAUGUCGCGGGACAGUGUUAAAGGCGGAAGAGUAGACAAGAAAAACAUACGCGUACGCACGGCAAUAUCCCAUCGUCUAAGUAAAGAAGCUAGCUUUCUUCUGAAACGUCAGGAUAACGAACACAGUUCGCAGAACGUCCUCCAUUCCUCAUUCUUGCCCAGAGAAGCCCACUGAUUAUUUACUCAAACAUUUAUCUCUGAAUUCUGUUAGUAACAACAGAUUGAGACAGCAGAAUCUAGCUUCCUUGAAGGAUCCUGAUUAUGACAACGAGGUCUUUCCAAACUUGAUGGUACUUAGUAUAUAUUUCACGGGGCCACAAAGUUAUGUAAUAUUAUCUUAGCAAACCAUUCCAGCACCGUGCUCGAGGACAUAGCAUGAACACGACAGCCAAGCCGACUGGUAGAAACACUUUGAAUUUCUUCUUCUUUUGAGAUUGGACUAAAUUAACCCUUUUUCAGGUGCUAAGUUUGCGACUCCGGUCGAACGUAAGGUGCCUCCUUCUUAGUAUAUGCCAGUUAAAAUCCUCGCAUGUCUGGUUUGUUGUUUGGAUUCGAGCAUUAAAUACCCACCGGUCAGACAUAUGGAAUGGACAACUGGGAAUUCAUUUUCACGAUGCGAGCCGUUUGGCCAAAGACAUCUGACGAACUGUAGCCAGUGCUCACGCGCUUCCACUUCCCCUUUGUAGUGCCAGCGCAACAAUUUCAACGGCCCAGUUUGCGGACCCAAGCCGACCUACGAGAACAAGCGUGAGUUCACGGCUGAACAGCUAAAUGCUUCGAAGACUGUCAUUGGCCUUCAGGCGGGCUCCAACAAAGGCGCGAGCCAAUCCGGUAUGAGCAUGGGCGCUACUCGCCACAUUGCCGACAUCAAGGUCGACGACAUGUCAGCCGACGCAAAAGGCGUGAUUGGUCUUCAGUAUGGCAGUAACAAGGGUGCCAGCCAAACUGGAAUGAGCAUGGGAGCCACCCGCCACAUCGCUGACCUAAAGGUCGAUGAGAUGAGCGAGGCCGGUAAAACCAGCAUUGGUCUCCUGAGUGGCACCAACAAGGGCGCCAGCCAAUCAGGCAUGAGCAUGGGAGCCGUUCGGCACAUUGCUGACACUCGGGUCGGCGAGAUGAGCGCCGAGGGCAAGAGCACGAUUGGUCUUCAGGCGGGCUCCAACCAGGGUGCUACUCAGUCUGGUAUGAGCAUGGGUGGCGUGCGUCACAUUGCUGACAUCAAGGUCCAGGAUAUGUCCAAGGAGGGCGCCUCUGUGAUCGGCUUACAGGCCGGCUCUAACCUUGGCGCCAGUCAGUCGGGCAUGAACUUCGGGGCCCAGAGACACAUUGGUGAUGUCAAGGUCGGCGAAUUGGAGUAA